AGUGUAAGUGGCUACUUUGUUUUCUCUUUCUGAGGAGCUAGAGCUAGGAUUAGAUGUUUUGUCUGUUUUCUUGAACCUCAAAGCUGGUAAAACCCUGUUGUUUUCCAAAAUUUUAUGUUAAGACGUCUGAGGCUGAAGAAAUGGAGCUCGCAUUUGUGGCUGACUGGCCGAAAACUGACGCUAAUGUCUGCAUCAAGAAGCUGAUUGAUGACUGUGUCCUGAGUUGGUCAUGCAGGAACAUUGUAGCUUUCACAGCAAUCGGCAACCCCAAUUCACCAGAAGAGCGAGAGGUUUACAGGCCGACAAUUCACAUCGUUGACCCUGAUAGACCAUGGGAAGUUUGCAGCUUUGGUAACCAGCACAAUGAUGCCAUCCAAGCCCUGCAGUGGAAUAUGGAGGGCACGCAGCUUCUCUCGGCUGAUGCCUCAGGGUCAGUGUACCUCUGGCAGAUGAGGCAUCAUCUGAUGAAUGACUGGAUGUGCAUCGCUGAGAGCCACCUUCCUGGAGAGCCUGUUGUAGCUAUAGCAUGGCUGCGCAAUGGCAUGAAGAUCACCUACAAUGUUGAUAAUAUCGAUACCCCCAACAUGCUGGAUAAGUUCUCUAGGACGCGCUUCACUCCAAGUCUAGCAGAGUUUUGUAUGAGGCCAACACAAGGCUGGGUACUCGUCACUGGAACUGGACUGGUGUCUGUAACAGUUCUUAAAGAUGGGAAAACCACCGUCGUGACAGAGAGACUUGGAAAUUCAAGAAAUCAUAUUGCCUUAGCUGAUAUUGCUUUCACAAGCACUGGUCACAUUCUCAUAGCUACAUCGGAUGGAGGUACAAGAUGUCCACUUCAGUGCUUCAAAGUAAUGCCUGAUUGGAAGGAUGAUAAACUCCAUGUGUCAACAGAAUACUUGCCAUCUCUGUACAUGCAGUGCCUCUGUGAGAUCACCAGUAGAGAUAAAUAUCCUUCUAUAACAUCAGUGCAAUUUAUCAACAAGGAAUGCACAGAACAACAGCUUAGAUCAGCUCCUACAGAACAACUCCUGGUUUGUGCUUCAGGUUCUAUGGGUUCAUGUAUAGAAUGCUGGACAUUGAAGAAAGAGGCCAUCCCCCUACACAAACUAUUCCAAGCGGGCUCGCCCCAUCACAGAGAUCAACCAACUACGCUGAAGUGGGUGUUCAGUUCAACCUACACUGAUGCUUCCAUCAUCACAUCAAUCGCUCUUCCGAAGCUCCCCCUCAAGCUGUCCAUGAACUCACUCUACACUGGUCCCGGUAUGGCAGUCGCUGUAGCAAACCAAGAAGGCACCAUCAAACUCUUGCACAGGUCAUCUCUGAAGGCCUGUGCAGCGCUCCGAUACGAAGGUGUCAUCAAUUCGGACCCAGGUCCUCCAGCCAAGAGGCCGAACUUCAAUGGCAAGCAUCUUGUGUCUAUGGAGAUGUCCGCCACCUGUUGUAGUAUGGUAGCUAUAGACCGUACAGGAACUCUUUGUAUGUUCAAGAUUGAACCAACACUAGGCCAAGGCUUAGACCAAGUUACAGCUCGUGCGCAUACCAUUGCACAGGUAGUGCACCUUCUAGAAUACUGCCUUGUCACGGGCUAUGACUGGUGGGACCUUCUUCUUACAAUCACACCAAAUAUGGUAGACACUGUGUUGGAUCGCCUCUCAGACUCUGUCAACAGACAAUCAAGUUCUACGCAGGAGCUUCUUUUCACCAGACUGGUAGCUGUCAAGGCAAGCCUAUACAGGCUUUCUGCCAGCGGCUCCGGCAAAGCUGUGGACUGUUAUGGGAAGCUACUUCUUCACUCGACUGCAAACGUCUUCAAGUCUUUACUCAGGGCGAGUGCCAUCUCAUCACAAGACAAAGGACCGGCUGAGAAACUCAGUACCUUGUGUGCCAACAGCACAGAGACGAACCCAGACACAUUGCUGAAGAAGCUGGACAGCAAGGAGUAUGUUGUUGAACCAGCUACCUUGCAGUGUCUGCAGCCAUUAAUCCAGUGGGUAGCUGAUUACACCAUAGUGAGUCUGGCUGCUGUUCCUCCUCCAGGGAGCCCUACUAACAGACCAGGGGUGAGCUUGAUGCGGGACGUGCCCACCUUGGUGAUGUUGAGAGAGCAACGUCGAUCUGGCGCUGUGAGCUUGAUGCGGGACGUGCCCACCUUGGUGAUGUUAAGAGAGCUCCUCCUUAUCAUCAGGAUGUGGGGUCGACUACAGAAGAACUGCCUUCCCGUUUUCACCACAACAGCAGAUGACCCAGAUGUGCUAAUACCAAGCCUCUUUAGACUGGUCUCUCAGAUAUGGGUACACUACCAUGACAAACAACCCACAGAACUUGAUGAAUCACUCAUAGAUGAAUGCACCCUCCUACCAAGUCAAGUAGGUGUGCCUCCUUGGGAUCUAUCCCCUGUCACUGAAGGUUAUACAGGUAAGAUUCAUGUACGACACGGCCAGUCCUCGUUCCAGUUUGGCACCCUGCCGGGGCGUAUGAUCAGCAUUGCCACCUUCAGCCUCGGUCCAGAGAUCUACACUAGAUCCCUGACGGACAGGCUCCAUCAGAAGUUUGAUGUGGUGCGCAAACUCAGUCUUGGUGUCACCCCCCACAAAGAAAUCAGAAGAUGCUCCAGGUGCUCUUGUAUCUCCUUGAUGCCUCCUGUAACCCAGCAAUCAUCCACUGUCCGCGUGGUGUGGGAGAAACGCUGGGAGAGGAACUGUUUAUGUGGUGGCCUGUGGCGGACAGUGACCGUCCAUCCUGCGUAAUGUUGGUUUAUUCAUCUUCAUUCAUGAAAAUAUAUAUAAUGUGAUGAUAAAGAUGUACGAUAAAACCAAGGACUGAAAUUUAAAUUGCAUCAGAUGCAUUUGAAAAUACACAAUAACAAAACGAUGAGAUAACAUUAUAACAUCAGUUUUUUUUUCUCGCCUGCAUAGCACAAGCCAGACAUACAUGUAGACGCUGCUUUUUUGGUGCCGGCGGCGGUGUCGUCUGUAAAUAUAAGUUCUUAUUCAAUGAAACUUAGACUAAAGACAUAAAGUGUCCCCUAUCAUGUGAGUAGAAUUUCAGGUUGCAAAGUCAAAGUUCAAGGUCAUUUCAGGUCAACAAACUUAGACUACAGUAUGUUGUGGCAUCAACA